AUGAGUUCGAUAAACGACAACGCGACAUGCUCUACGGUGGUCGACGAUUACAAGAUCGCCUCUGACGCCAGCGUCGUUUCAGAAACAAAGCCACAUCUCCGGAUAGUGCCUCUCGCGCCACAUGAUCUGGAGCAAUCAAAGUACGACCGGCCGCGUACAAUCUACUAUCCAUUCGACUCCAAUGAAAGCACUGUCCAACAUAUCUCCCCUCUAAAAACACGGUUUGAAGCUCCUCCCGUCUCUUCUGAGUGGAUUCGUCAUGUGGCGCCUGAGGGCAAGACGUAUUUUCAAGCCACAAACCGGCCACUUCUUACAAUGGACAAUCUUGAGGACGGUUCUGUGGCGAUGGACAUAGAGGAUGGGGCAUCUGGGCUGCUGGCUUGUCUUCGUGAAGUUGACGCUCCCUCGGAUACGGAGGUCGUUCUUAGCAAGACGUUUCAAGGCGAGGAGCACGUCAUUGGCUAUUACUUGGCAUCCAUCUCGACACAGUCGGUAUUUUGGCUGGAACAGGUUCCUUCUAGCCUCGUGUCGAUCAACAUCCGUCCUGUCAUAUCCGAGGUGCAUCUGGGACUCGCUGUGGCUGCGCAACUCUGGACCCACGUCGAGCUGUUUCCCAAUCAUCGCGGUCUACCCGAAGCUGCUAUACGUGAAAUCAAAGACUCGUAUAUUCAUGGACAAUGCGACAUGGAGACGUCCAUUACGUCGACAUUCCCUUACACUGUGGACAGGCUUGUCCCGCUUUGGAGAUGCAUUGGCAGUCUCAAAGCGGAGGACGCGAACGGCUACCGUAAUACUAUUGCCGCUCGCCUCCUCAGUACCCUCUACCAGGCCCGUUUCCAGAACUUCUACGGGGAGCCAGGUGUACGUCUUAGCACCUCUGAAAGUGCUCUCAAAGAGAAAAGCAGUGGCCUUGGGGUCUACGUCUUUGCUCCCAUGUCCCUCCUGCUCCUUGGCUUACCACGUCUCUACAUGAGUGAGCUCAAGGCCAUCUACAAGGACAGUACUGUCCAUUACGCGGGCUGGCGACGCUUCAUGGCUCAAUGUCAGAAGGAUCGGCAAGAUCUCCUUGUGCCUACUCCGAUUAUGCUCUGCGCCAACGUCGGGCUGUUAGUAUUCACGCCUAACGAGUAUGUGGCCGCGCGGACGUUGAACUAUGUGUCUUCCAUAUUGCUGUGCUCCGUAUACGCCACUUGCCAAGUCCUGGACCUCUACGAAAGAGGAUUCAGUUCUGCAACAGCGCAGUCAGCGGCCAGUCCUUCACUAGUCAGCCAUCUGUCAAAAUGGCAGUCUGCUACUGGCGGGUUUGAGUGUUUUGCCGUCGGCUUGAGCUUGCCUAGAGGUCUUUUCUCGUGGGGUCUUCUGACCUUCGUGACAUCCCUGGUUACGAACCUCUUCCUCUCUUCGGGCCUCGCCAUGAAGUUGCCUGUCAGCACCGUGCUCGGCACCAUGUUUCUCGUGGUUGUUUCGCUCCUUUGGAUCGAGCUCGACUGCCAACUCCCUAGGGUCAGGUACAUUGCCGCACCGUGGCGCUCACUCAUUGAUGCUGUUCACGCCCGCCGCCGUAAGAGCGGGCACAACGUUCGGUCUGGUGUUUGA